AUGGUGCAGUGCGAUGCAUGCGACCAAUGGUACCAUUUUCAGUGCGUGGGAGUCUCAGAGACCAUUGCCGAUAUCAGCUGGAGAUGCGCUAGUUGCGAAAAGGGCAAAGGUUCACAAAAACACCUAGUGCCAACCUUGUGCAGUGCCGAAUUCACGAAUGCCAAUCUGUCAUGCAUUUAUAACACGUCCAAUCCAACAACAGCAACAGCUACAACCACAAACGUUUUUGCCAGUUCACUGACAACGUCUAGGAUCGAUCCCCAUGUUUCGACAUCAACGGAAAUACCCGCCUCCAUUUAUUCUAACGAUCGCCGUGUCAACCAGUUUAUGGGUUCUACGGAUCACCAGAAGCAGAAGGCCCCGAGUUCCACAAGGUCAUCGAUCAAACAACGGCGUGUGUCGUUGGAACUUCAGAAGCUGCUAGAAGAGGAACGUCUUAACGAAGAGGAGUGGCAGAAUGGUUGGACCGUUCACUUCCUGAAUACACCCAGGGGCCUAGGAUGGAAAGCCGCACACUCCAGCAACAUCCGUAUAUCCAACAGCUUAACAGCGGAAAUCCGCAAGAAGAUGAUAAUCUUCACAGGCAGUGUUCCGCUUAAUCAGCUGAUGCACCGAAUGCAGCUCAAUCCGUAUGGAACCAAUACACACACUCGUCCAAACUUGGAGAAGGAAAGCUUCAUUCCGGUGCAACAAUCCACCCCGCAGCGUACCAUCGGCUACCAACAAGCACACAUUGACAAUUUGAAUAAUUUUUCUAACAGUCAAGCACUAGCCCGUCAAGCUGCAUCACGUGAGCUGCCUUCUUUCACUGGCGUUCCCGAAGAAUGGCCGCUUUUUAUUUCAACGUUCUACACUACCACGUCUAUGUGCGGGUACACCCAAGAGGAAAAUCUCUUAAGACUCCAAAAAAGCUUGCGUGGAAAAGCAUUCGAUGCUGUGAAAUGCAUGUUAAUGCAUCCCUCCAACGUUGAGUGCAUAAUAUCAACCCUAAAAAUGUUAUUUGGAAACCACGAAGUUAUCAUACACAAUUUGAUAUCGAGAAUUAAGUCCACGCCACCGCCCCGUGAUGAUCGGCUCGAAACGAUUAUUGAAUUUGCCUUGGUAGUUAAAAAUCUUUGUGCUACAAUUGUAGCUUGUCAGAUGGACGAAUAUAUUAACAACGCCGCGCUUGUGCGAGAGUUAGUAGAUAAAUUACCGACACAAUUUAAGGUGGAUUGGGCUAAACACAGGCGAUUGAACUCGGAUACUGGACUUAAUACUUUCUGCAGUUGGUUGUACGAUUUGGCUGAAACUCUUUCUCCUGUUGCUGCGUUAUCGAGCUCCGAUUCUAGAGCAGUCAGACCUGUACGAAAGGGAACCGGAUUUUUGAAUUUACAUUCGGAAUCAGAAGAAACUGACCAGCCUACUUACCAUUCACCUCGAGCAUGUAUCAUAUGUAAAGGUGAAUGCUCUUCUUUAGAAAGGUGCAAACGUUUUAUUGAGUUGAGUAGUAAAGCCCGCUGGGCUGCAGUAAAUGAGUACAAUUUUUGCAAAAAGUGUCUUGGUAAACAUAACCGAUCCCCUUGCAAAUCUCAGAAAAUCUGCGGCACGAAUGGCUGCACCUAUAAACACCAUCAUCUUCUUCACAAUCCUCAAAACGGUUCUACUCCACCAACGCCAGAAACAUCGGUCGUCCCUCGUGAUUGUAACACACACCAUUACACGUCCAACCAAGCACUUUUCCGAGUGGUACCGGUAGUGUUGUAUGGCGCUCAAAAGAUGAUAAGUACGUACGCGUUUUUGGACGAUGGUUCGUCGCUUACCCAUAUGGAAUCAUCGCUUGCUUCCGAACUAGGAGUGUCCGGGGAGGUAGAACCACUUUGCUUACGAUGGUCCGGUGAUAAAACCCGUCAGGAAAACAAUUCCGAAAAAAUAACUAUCGAGAUUUCGGGUACGAACGCACUCCAUAAGCGGUAUCGACUCCCAGAGGUUCUCACAGUUUCGAAUUUGAAUCUUUUCCAUCAAACAUUGAAUAUGGAUGAAAUGUGUAAACGCUACAAUCACCUGAGAGGAAUACCAGCAGAAUCGUACGAAGGAGUUCAACCUCGUAUCCUCAUAGGGAGCGACAAUGCGAAUCUCGGCUACGUUCUGAAAGGCAGAGAAGGAAAGAUGCAUGAGCCUGUGGCAACGAAGACACGGCUCGGUUGGAUUGUUUACGGCGGAAACGAGUUCGGGCAACAAAAAUAUCUGGGCUACCAUGGAGUACAUAUGUGUUCGUGUCAGGGUGAGCAGUAUGAUUCACUUCACCAGGCCAUGCAAGAAUAUUUUUCGAUUGAUAGACUAGGUAUCACCAAACCAGCAAGUCUAGUUGAAUCCAAUGAAGACAGUCGGGCACGCAAGAUUCUUGAAAACAUGAAGCGCAGAGAAGGAGGACGCUUCGAAACUCGUCUUCUCUGGAGAUACGACAACAUCAGGCUCCCAGAUAGCAAACCACUCGCCCUUCGUCGACACCUAUGUCUAGAAAACCGCAUGAAGAAAGAUCUAGGUCUGAAAACAUUACUUUACAACAAGGUGCAAGACUAUAUUUCUAAAUGUUACAUUCGCAAACUUACCGAGGCUGAAAUCGAGGACAGAAGUCAAAGAGUGUGGUACUUACCUGUGUUCCCAGUAUUUAACCCCAACAAACCUAAUAAAGUACGCAUCGUGUGGGAUGCGGCAGCCAAAAGCCAUGGAAUAGCUUUAAAUUCACUUUUACUAACAGGACCAGAUCAGAAUUCCUCCCUUAUCGACGUCCUGUUGAGAUUUCGUGAGAAUAAGAUAGCAAUUUGUGGCGACAUACGUGAAAUGUACCACCAGGUACUUAUAGCAAAGGAAGACCAACACUGCCAAAGGUUCCUAUGGAGAGAGAAUCCGAAUGAUAUAAAGAUCAGCGAAUAUGUCAUGCAAGUCAUGACAUUCGGGGCCUCUUGCUCACCCAGUUGUGCCCAAUUCGCUAAAAAUUUAAAUGCCAGGGAACAUGCAGGAGAAUAUCCACAAGCAGCAUCAGCAAUCACCGAUAACCACUACGUAGAUGAUAUGCUUAUAACCACAGAAACAGUGGAAGAAGCAAUCCGUUUGGCAAAGGAAGUGCGAUUUAUACAUGCUCAAGCAGGUUUCGAAAUGCGUAAUUGGGUUUCAAAUUCCUCGGAGGCUUUAGAAGCAUUGAAUGGAACGAAUACCAAUGAAAAAAGUCUAAAUCUGGAUGCAGAAUUGUCAACUGAAAAGGUUUUGGGAUUGUGGUGGUGUACAACAUCGGACAGCUUUACCUACAAACUAUCUCCGAAGCAUGAAAAGGAGCUUCUGUCAGGAGCGCGCGUCCCUACGAAACGAGAGGUUACAACUUCAAAAAGAAAUCCUCAACAGUCUGGAAAUGGAAAGGGCCGAGACUGA